AAAGAAUUCAAUAUUGCAAGCAAUUUUCAAUAAAAACAGAAUUAGUAAUCAUUAUUAGAAGCUUACUAACUUGCAUAAACAUGUAUGUUUGUAAUUAAUAAAUAGCUGUAUUCUAAGAAGUAUACCACAUUAAAUUUAAAUAUAACAAUAUGGAAAAUUUUGAAGUUUGUGGGGAUCAGAAAAAUAAUGAGGCCGUAACAAUAUCCAAUGAAUGUGACAAAUAUGAAGAUGUCAAUAAUUAUAGUUUAAUACGAAAACUGGGCCACGGAAAAUAUAGCAUUGUUUUCGAAGGUCACCACGAAAAUAACGAUGAAAAAGUUGUAAUCAAGGUUCUAAAACCCGUCAGAAAAAGCAAAAUUGAACGAGAAAUUAAAAUUUUAGAAUGUUUAAAAGGUGGUACCAAUAUUAUAAGAUUGCUAUCUGUAGUAAAUAUCCCAACUACAGCUUUGGUAUUUGAAAAGUUAAAUCGUAAUAAAGAUUUUAAAUCUGUUUAUUUGAAAUUUACGGAGCCGGAGACAAGAUAUUAUCUGUAUGAAGUUUUAAAAGCUUUAGACUAUUGUCACAGUAAAGGAAUAAUGCACAGAGAUGUAAAGCCUCAUAACAUAAUUAUAGAUCAAGCCAGUAAUAAAAUUAAGUUGAUUGAUUGGGGAUUAGCAGAGUUCUUCAGUCCAGGACAGGAAUAUAAUGUUAGAGUGGCUUCCAGAUAUUUUAAAGGACCAGAGUUACUGGUUGAUUAUGGAUAUUACGAUUAUUCUUUGGAUAUGUGGUCUCUUGGUUGUAUGUUUGCAGCAAUGCUAUUUCGCAAGGAACCUUUUUUCUAUGGAAUGGAUAAUUUAGACCAACUAGCUAGAAUCGUGAAAGUUUUGGGGACACGUGAACUUGUUGAAUAUCUUAACAAAUACAAAAUUAUCUUUGACCAAGCAAGUCUAAAGGUAAUUGGUAGUCAUACCAGAAAAUCUUGGCAGAAAUUUGUUAACACCGAACAUGAAUAUAUGUUAAAUGAACAAUCUGUAAAUUUAUUGGAAAGUUUGUUAAAAAUUGAUCACGCGAAGAGAAUAACUGCAAGAGAAGCAUUAAGCCACAAGUAUUUUACACACAUAAGAAAAAAUACUUUAAACAAAACUACCUUUUAAUAAAAAUGCAUUAAUUUACAAAUAAAUAUUCAUACAUAAAUAAUUAUUUUUGAACAGUUUUAGUUUAC